AUGAAGGUCCCGUCCCUCGCCCUCGCCACGGCUGUGGCCCUCCUCGCCGCACCCACCGCCGCCCUCGACCGCAAGUUUGACGGCCUCAACUACGAUACGCGCGGCUACGACAAGGACGGCUGCAAGUACGCGCACCAGGUCGCGGCCGAGUUUGCGGCCUUCAAGAAGACGACGAGCCAAGUGCGCAUCUACUCGACGGCCUGUACGGGCAAGAUUCUUACCGCGGCCAAGAAUGCCGGCCUCAAGAUCUGGAUCGGCCUCUGGUCGGACGUCCCGGCGUCCGGCGUCUCGGACGCGUUCGCGAGCGAGUUCAGCAACUUGAAGAAGCUCGUCGAGUCCAAGCAAGUGCGCAAUGACAACGUGGCCGGUAUUCAAGUCGCCAGCGAGGCGUUGUACCGCUAUUACAUCCAGGGCAAGCGCCCGGCGACGGACCUCACGGGCUACAACCUCCUCAUCGACCACUUGAACAACGUGCGCACGUACCUCCGCAGCAAGGGCAUUCUCUUCCCCGUCACGAUCGCCGAUGUCAUGGACGCGUACAACCUCUUCCCGGCCAUCUACUCGGCCGUCGACGUCGUUUCCGUGAACCAGUUUUCGCUCUGGGAAAACAAGACGGCAGCCGAAGGCGUCGAGACGCUGUGGUGGCACUGGGGCGACGUCCAGAAGCAGGCGCGCGCGCAGGGCAAGCCAAUCGUCAUCUCGGAGACGGGCUGGAGCACGGCGGACGACAAGAACCUCGUCGUCGAAGCGUCGCCGCAAGCGCAGGGCGUGUACACGAAGGACUUUCUCUCGUUUGCGGAGAAGCACGGCCUCAACUACUACUACUUUUCGGCCAUUGACCUCGCGAUCCCUGCCGACUUGAUUGAGCAGUCGUUUGGCAUCUUUGACAAGAACAUCAACCUCAAGGGCCCGGUCCAGGCCGUCACCGUCGGCAGCAAGCCGAUCGCGACGCGCAUCUACCACGGCGACAAGACCAAGGUGCUCAAGGUUGACCCGACCAACUGGAACGCGCUUCUUGUCGAGGCACCGGCGCAAGGCCCGGCCUCGAACCUCGACAACGAGAUUUGGUUCUACUACCCCGACUCGCAGGCGUACUACUCCAAAGCGUCGCACCAGUGCUUGGACGCGUACGGCAGCAACAACAACCCGCUCAACGUCCACGUGUAUGCGUGCACGGCCGGCAACGCCAACCAGAACUGGCAGCUGACGUCGGACGGUCAUUUCCAGAGCCUCAACGGCGCCAACCAGUGCAUGGACGUCGACCCGACGCAGAACAACAAGGUGGGCAUGUGGUGGUGCUACGACGGCCCCAACCAAAAGUUCACCAAGCGCGACGUCAAGGACGAGCCGAUGCAGAUCACGGUCAACGGCAACGGGUACCUCAACGAGUGGUACGGCGGCGUCUCGUGGAACCCAAGCAUGUCGGCGACGUAUCAGGACAAUGCGGCCUGGUACUACGACCCGGUGCCGCAAACCAUCAAGUCCAAGUCGGGCGCGACGUGCUUGGAUGCGUACGGCAAGGGCGACGGGUACGCUGUGCACACGUACGCGUGCGACGAGACCAACGUCAACCAAAAGUGGCUCUACAACGACGUGACGGGCCAGUGGUUCCACACGGGCCACCUCGGCUUGUGCCUCGCGGCCACGGGCAACGCGGGCGAUAGCGCCGGCAUUAGCCUCCAGCCGUGCGACAAGAACCAGAGCAACCAGCGCUGGUCGUUCAAGUUUGAGACCAAAAUUGUCUAA